UAUCUCUAUGUCUCGCCUUCCUUUGACAGUCCAUAGUUUCCGUCGGUGCUGGAUUCUAAGUAGCUAGCUAGCUUAGCUGUAGCACGUAAACUGAGCAGGUGCAGGUUGCGGUUCGAGUCCCAAACAAACGAACUGCCCUGUAGGUGUAGCGGCUCACCGAACCGCCCACAUCCGUGAGGGGGUUACGACACACAGAUCUGGAGCACAGCGACACAGCAGCCAUGGAGGGUAGAAGGGCGCUGUAGCUAGCGGGGGCUAACACUGCUACUCUCGUCUUGAUUUUCAGUGUUUGCUGCCCAGUCAAUCUACGUCCUGGCAGUCCUACUCCACACCUCUUUAAAUGGGAUGCCAGAUCGACUGUAGAGGAGGUCUCUUUGCUCUUCAGGAACACACUGUGGGGAGAUUGUAACCCGAGCUGGUGCAUCAAUGAAUGAGGAACCACAAGAGAGCCCUGUCCCAGGCAGAGAGCCUGUGCUGGACAAUGUGGGACCGACCACAGAGGAGAAACCAAGCAGCAAAGCAGAGAGCCCCUCCAAGGCAACACCCUCACAUGAGCCCCUUGGGCCCUCGGACUCUCUUCCUUCUAAGGAAACCCCCAGCUCCGUUCCUAUAGAGAAAUCCCCUGAGGAGGUAAACGAAGAGGAGGCGAGGGCUGCAGGUGGAGAGCCUCCUGCUGAUUGGUUCGAGCCCCUCGAGGAUGAUGAAGAGGAAGAUGCCAAUUCCUAUUUUGGUAGGAAUGAUGCAGAGGAAGAAAGCCUGGCAGGGGAAAGUGAGAGGAGUGAGAGCGUGGCGGGCAGCGAGAAGGCCUUCAAAAAGAUACAUCUGAUUCAAGUCCCUCGCCGUAAGCGGUCUCAUCCUGACGAGGGAUGGGAGGAGUGGGCUGCACUUGGAGAGGGGUGGAAACGCAAAGAAGUUGUUCGGCGUUCAGGGAGCAGCAUUGGUCAGAAGGAUGUGUAUUACAUGAGUCCAAAAGGUGAUCGAGUGAGAAGCAGAGUAGAACUGGUGUCAGUGCUGGAGGGUGUUCUGGACCUGUCAACCUAUGAUUACAAGUCAGGAAAGUUCUUCGAUGGCAAGGCACGACCCAUAAGAAUUCGACACAGAGUAAAGAGAAAGAUAAGGGAGCGUUCUUCCUCGGAGUCUAGCUUCAUGGAGAGAGGAGAGGGGGCUGACACUCCUGACUCUUACCACAGGCUCACCCCCAGCCUGGGGCCCAAAAACGCUUUUUCCAACCAGACGGGCUUCUCCACGCAGAGCACAACCAGCACUGCAAAGCUCUAUCGCAAUGAGGAUCUACCAGUGGACGACAGAAUUAAACUUCCUCUGCCCUCAUCAUCCAAACCUCUCCCUCUUCCCUCCAUCAAUGGAGAAAUUGGGACAGAGGAGAGCACUUUGGUCUGUGCCAGAUGUGGUAUUUCGUUCACAGGCACAUGGUAUGACAAACAAAGGAAGAGGCCUUGCUGUCCUUCCUGUUGGGCUGCCUCAAAGACAAAGGAGCAUCCGAUGAUCCGUUUCAGAAAGUGGAUUCCUUGUGGCCAGUGUGUGGGAUGUCACAACACCGUGAAUUGUGGGCAAUGUGCCAAUUGCAAACAUGGCCUGCAGAGCCCUGAGUCCCGGAAACGCAUAUGCCGAAAACGCAAAUGUAUUUGUCCUAUUCGCAAGGGACCUGGAAGUGGAGGCUUCCUGCAGCAGAGGUCGUACAAUGACGUUACUGAAGGCUUUGAUGACACGUGUAUGAGUUUUCAGAGUGAAUUUGCAGACUCACAGCACCAGAGUCUCAAAAGCAGCGACACAGAGAACUUCUCGGUCAAUGUGGACGUUGAAGAUGAGGACGAUAUGUCAACUGACGACGAUGAUGAUUGGCAUAGGAAGCGAAAGCGACGCUCGUGUGGAGAAUGCAAAGCCUGUCUCUGCAGGAAAGACUGCGGCACGUGUGAUUUCUGUGUAGACAAACCCAAGUUCGGAGGCAGCAACAAAAAGAGGCAGAAGUGUCGUCUACGGCAGUGUCAGAGGCAGGCGAUGAGGCACCUACUGCCCUUCCAGAUGGGACAAGGAGACUUUGGGCCAGAUGGUCCGAUGACUCCGGGUAGGCCUCGACCUCACUACACGUACAGUCGUAAGUCGAAUUUAAAGAAAGACAAAGGGCAAAAUUUCGGCUUGGACUUCACUGACAAUGAAGACGAUGACUUCCAACCAAUAAGUUGGAGCACUGAGCCUGCCAGGGGUAGCAAACACAGUGAACUGAAUCCACUGAAUUACUCAAAUCCGGAGCAGCAGAAUGGACUGUCUGACAGAGUGCCUCGCGUCAACCACCAUAACAGUCAGCUAAUCCUAAGAAAUCCAACGCCAAACCAGCUUCAGGCUGAUGAGACACCAACUUUCUUACUGCACAGCAGCGAGCAAUUCCCUGACCAGCAAAGUAAAUGUGAUGCAGAGAGAUCACACUCAGGCAGAGAUGGUCAAAAGCCCAUUGAAGAUGAUGAUGAUGAUGAGGAAGACGAUGAAGAAGAGGAAGAGGACUUGCCCAUGAUCACACAGAUCUUCAGUUUGGCUGAUAAUGCAGCAGGAAGUGGUACUGACAUAGAAAACCAGCUGAUGAAACUGCUACACUCUUUGCGAAUCUCCGUGCUACCGAUCCUUUGGUAUGCCAUCAUGGUGGAGGGCCCACAGCUGCAGCUCAUCCAGUGUUCCAAACAGUCUAACAUGACCGACACUAUGGUGCUUAUCGACCCAGGCUUCUUCUAUCAGGUCACUGUCCAGAAGCAGCCGCUGCUCCCCACCCACCCGCUGUACGACAACUACCCCGCAUGCCUAACCUCUGUGACUGAGGUGGUCAAUCUGCUUCUGGGCCUGGAGAAAUAUGCCGUGUGCCAGGGUCUGUCCCCCAAAGAGUCAUCACCUAAAAAGGACCCCAUCGUAUUGGAACGUGCAUCAACAUGUGAUUUCUUGGUGAAAAGGAAUGUGAGCAUCUGUAAUCACUGCCGAGCGCUGCAAGGACUUUAACUUCAGCACAGACAGCAGAAACUCUCUGACCACAGUGGAAACCACCGAUUCUCUGGUGCAACUAUGUGCCAUUUAUUUGUCUUUGUUCCGUUUUAUAUAUUUUUUUAGCCUUGGGUAGUAAUAUUUAUAUAUAUAUAUGACAUACUGGAGAUUUACGUCGGGACUGUUAUACUAUGAUGUUAUUAUUUGAAAAAAAUCCCUGCGGGUUGAUGUUGAAUCAGGCGUGUUUCUUCUCCCACACUCUGUGUAUGGCUUCUUAUCUUGUCUGUUAUGUCAGUAUGGGCAGUGUGAUGGGAGGGGCUGAAAUCAAUGUGUGAGCCACACUUACACUAGAGGAAUAUUUGCUCCUUUCCCCCUCAUCGUCAUUAAAAUAAUAAUAGGACAUUUAAUGCCACAUUUUUUUGUGUCGUUUUUUGUGUCAACAUCGGCCAUCACAAUGUUAUAGUGUACCACAUAUUUGAUAGAAUCAAAACGCAGCAGACUUAAGUAUUUGGACAAAAUAAAUGAUGUUUGCAUUUUGCCCAGAUUUCCAUUUUAUACUCAAUUGUUUGGUCUAAAUAACAGUUGUUCCCUUGAUCGUUCUGUUUCUUCAGUAACAGAGGUUUUGAUAAUUUUCUGUUGCAAUACUGACACCAACGUAAUGUUCAAACCCUUAAAUUAUUGUGUAUACCAGUAUAUUCAGAUAAAAGAAUUAAAAAUGAGGAAAGUGAAUACACCCUGUAUACUAUACACUGAUUUCAUGGAUAUUCCAUUGCAUAUAAACCCCCCUCACCGCCCUAGCUCCUUUUUCUAUUCGCAUUGCUCAAGAGAAUUGUAUCUUGUUCGUUUAAAAGUUUGUUACAAUAUGACACACUGAAAGUACCAAAUGAAGAAGGAAAUAAAAUCAUUUUCAGUACGUUCAAUAUCACAUACGGUGUUCACACAACAACAGAUGCAUCUUUAUGUCAUCGGCAAAGAAAAAGCUACUGAGUAGUGAUUGCCCAAAGACAUGAGGGAGACUAAAGGCAAGUUAAUGGAGGUACUGUGGUCAGAUGGGCUCCUGAAGUCCAGACAUCAGGUCUCUUGAACAUGUAUGACUCCCUAUAAUCUAACAGAAUUAUUUUUGGAAAGAAUAACCACCCCCAACAUAGUACUGACUCAACAGGAGUCUGUUUUAAGCAAUAAUUUUGUAUUUUUUUCACAUUAUCCCUGCUAAAAGCCCAAUUAUGUCCAGUCUCACUAUAUGUUUUCAAUCUGAUAUGACAAAGAAUGGCACUUUUUGAAUGCACUGUAUUUACAAUGCACAGUACAGCUGUUCUGUUACAGCAAAGACACAUGUUAAAAAGAAUACAUUUGCCCUGAUCCUAUCAAGAGUUUUUGGCUGUGAUGCUUUUGCACUUAAUAUGACAUAGGGUGCUGAAAUAGGCUAAAAUGUGUUUUGUAUAAGUACAUCUGGUUAAAACUGCUGCUGUGGACAUAAGGAAUUGCAUUUUCUUUCCAUUUCUGGUCUUGAGUGGUCUGAUGAUUGAUGGUUAAUGUUUUUUAGUUUUUUUUAUGACUUUUCUUUAAAUUGUCUUUUUUAUACCCCAUCCCCUCCAUGGAGUAAGUUGGUGAUUUUAUUUUAACAAUGUGAGAGUUUAUGCAUUCUUAACAUAUCAGAUUUAUUUUGUGUUUCUGGUUUCCUCAAUUAACUGUGCACAUGUUGAAGUUACUGUAUGUUUGGGGUCUGUCCAUUAUUCUUUUUUGAACAAUUAUUUAGUGUUUGAAUUCAAACAUUAAAAUUAAAUGAAACAGAUGGUUUACUCCCUGUUGUUGCCUUUUUGAAGGCAGUGUUAAAUAAACUUUUCAUCCUGA